AUGGGUAGGUGGUUUUACAUUCUUGGUCUUGUUUUCGCUUUUGUGCAUGCAAGUGCACGUAAUGUGCCUUCUGAUCAUACUGCUCUAAGUGACCAAAAGCAUUUUCUUCCUUGUCCACCUAAGUUAACGGUCAAAAACCUCCCAAGGGAUGAGCAAGUUUUUGUGCAUGCUACUGCACCCGUGGCUGAGUCACCUACCAGCACUGGUCUUAAAGACAAAAAGAAUUUCAUCUAUGGUGGUGUUGGUGGCUUUGCAGGGAUGGGUGGUUACGCUGGUGUAGUUGGUGGGCUAGGUGGAAUUGGCAAGUAUGGUGGAAUUGGUGGAGUUGGUGGAAUAGGGGGAUAUAGUGGUCUUGGUACUGGAGGAGGUCUCAGUGGGCUGGGGGGCAUUGGUGGCCUAGGUGGUAGAGCUGGUGGAGGUGCCGCUGGUGGUGCUGUUGGUGGUGUGGGUGGCUCUAGUGGUGGGAUUUUACCAUGUCCUUAG